AUGGAAUAUGGCAAUGGGGGCGAUAAGAUAUUCGACUUGAAUUCAAUAAGUCGAGAAAAAUUGGAGUUAGUUGAAGUCUUUUAUGACAAAAUGAAAGAUACAACAAACGCAAAUGCGUUAUAUUUAUAUGCUUUACAGAUAUUUAAAAUAUGUAAUAUACAUAAUGAAUUACCUCGUUUAGUAGUGUUCGGUCAACAGUCUAUGGGUAAGACGACACUUUUAGACUUUAUUAUGGGUGGACCGAUGGGGUAUACGAGUUCGGAUACAGGAACAAAGCAACCAAUAGUUAUUAUACUAAAACCUAGUGAUACAAAUAAAAUAGAAUGCUAUUUAAAUAAAAAGAAAGUAAAUAUUGAUGAUUUGCAUGAGAAAAUGAAAGCUAUCAUGCUUAAUCUAAACGAGUCUAUUAUAUCAAAAGAAUUAGAAGUAGAAAUAUCUAUACCAGGUGGUAUUUAUGCUACUUUUGUAGACUUACCAGGGAUAAAAGAUGAUUCAAAGGCUGGGUCAGAAUUAACAAGAAAAAUUGUUCGUAAUUAUGUUCAAAAUUUUCCAAACGAUAUUUAUAUUUUAGUAAAAAAAGCAUCUGAUGAUCCAGCCAAUUGGCCCUACCAUUUAAGAGAGUUCAUCAUGAAACCGAAACCUUUAGGCCUUGGACUGCAAACUAAACAGUGCAUAGUCGUAGGAACGAGAGCAUUAGAAUUUUUGAAUAAUGAAUUAAGCACAAUUAAAACAUUAACAGAACUGUAUGAUAGGGUAAAAAAAAGAGGAAUUAUGGAUAAUAACGAUAACAUUUUAUCACUUUAUUUACUAGAAUUGUUUUCUAUACCCAUUGAACAGAAGGAAAAAAAUGAUUUUUUAACAAAUAGAAUUUCAAUGUAUUCGAAAAUUUUAAAUGGAAGAAAAAAUGUGUUAGAUUUAUUAUUAAAUAAGUUUGAAAACGAUUGUAGUGAUUCAAUUAAAAAAGAACUAAUAGAUUGUUUUGAUGUGGAAAAAUUCAAGCAAGAAGUAAAUAGUAAAUUUAUGAAUAUAUUAAUACAACAGUUACGAAAAGUAGAAGUGAAAUUAGAAAAAAAAAAGGCCAAAAUGGAUUUUUAUAAUAAAAAAUUAGAAGAAUUAUAUAAUAAAGGUAAUAUAUUAAGUAUAAGAGAACAAGUGAAACUUUAUAUACGUGAAUUGGUUAAUAUAAUAUCUAAUUUAUUAACAGGAAAUUAUCCUAUUUUAAACCUACCAAAAAAUGGUGAAGAUUUUUUAAAAAAAUAUGGUGGAACUUUGAUGGAAAAUUUAAAAGAUGGAAAUGACUUGGCUAUGGAAUUAUUUGAAAAGCAAGGAUUAUAUGAUGAAAAUUUUUUAAAUUAUUUAAAUGAAUAUUUAAAUAGGUAUUCUAAUGAAAAUGAAUUAAAUAAAUCCAUGUCCUCUGAAUUUAACUAUAAUAUUAAUGAUGGAUUAAAUAAUUCAAAUAUUAGUAUGGAUGAUAGGAAUAAUGUUAAUAAUCAUAAUAAUAAUAAUAAAAGAACUGAUACGUAUGAUAAUUUAGAUAAUAUAGAAAAGAAGAAUUUUUAUGAUAAGCCAGUUUUAGUAGAGGGACAAACAGUACGGUUUAUAUUAGCAAAGGAAGAAAGUAGUAUGUUUGGUGUAGUUCAAAAUACUCCAGCUGAUACAAAAAGUAAAAAUAUUCUAGUUAGCUUUUUCUUUAGAAAUAGUAAUACUGAAGAACAAGUACAAAUUAAAUCAGUUGAAAAAGAUAGAUUAACAGUUAUAAAAGCUGUGGAAACUUUAAAUACUGGUCCAUCCUUUUUAAACGGAUUACAAGUUUGGUAUAAAAUGGUAAGAGAUGAUGGAUGGGUAGGUUUUGAUAAAGCAGAAAUUAUUAAAGUGUUCAAUAAUAAUAGCAAAGUUAAAGAUGUUCUUAUAAGAAAUUUAUCAAAAAAUGAUGAAGUAAUAUCUAUAAAAAUUAAUGAUUUAUAUAUGGAUUAUCACAAUGAUGAAAAUAAAGAAAGUGAAGAAAAUGAAGAAAUGAAAGACAAUGACGAAGAUUUACUUAAAAGAAUAGCAGGACCACAUACAGAUUUAAAAAUUCUUAAUCAGCUUGCAAUUACCUAUAUUUGUAAAUGGCUUAAGUACAAUAUAGCAAAGAUUGAGCCUGAAAAGGAUUUUUCGAAUGAAGUAUUAUUACAAAUGAUGAGGAGUAUUCAUAAUAUUGUUGAUCAAAGUGAUUGGAAGCCUCUGGUAGUUGAUUUACUUCAAGCAAAUAUAAGUGGAAAUAUUUUACAUUUAACAAAAUUGGCUAGUUGCAGUGCUGCUGUAGCAUUGAAAAGAGUAUUCAAAGCAGGUUUAGGAGAAAUUAACCGAAAAAUUAAGAAUAAUUAUAUUGAUGAAAAUAUUUAUUUAUUAAGUACAAAUCCGAAAUUUCUAGACGAAUUAAAUCAAGCAUUGCAUAAUUUUUGUAAAGAAAGAGCAAUUAGUUGUGCUAGCGAAAUGAAAGAUAUAGUGUUUGAGCAAACAUAUGCAGUUCAUUUUGAAAUUAUAGAGGAAAUAUUUGAUGGAUGUAAAUUAUUUGAAGAUAAUUUUCUUACACCUAGUGGUGUUAAACCAACCAUGUCUAUAAUUACAAAAAAUGUUAAACAAAACCUAGCAUAUAGAAAUCAUCAAUUAUCAUUAACUGAUGUUAAAAUUAAUAAAAAGUCUAAAUCAAAGGAAUUAAUUCAGGAAGAAGUUAAGCUACAGUUCUGGGCCAUAAAAAUGUUAAUCUCCGUUCCCUUUGCAACCAAAAUUUAUGCCCACUUCCUAAAUAAUAUUCUGCCAAAAAAUAAGCAUCUAGCAAAUGUUCUGGAUUACUCAAUUGACUGCGAGAGCACUUUGGAAAAGUACAUUCAAAGUAAACUGCUCAAUAGGGAGAACUUUUAUGUGUUCAUCUUCAUUUUAGGUGUCCUAGUACCAAUAGACGACAAGGAGCUGAUGUCGCAUUACAACAUCAUUGAUAACAGAGACAACAUUUUAAGGAAACUUGAAAAUCAGAAGAGGCUAAAUCAAUACAUUACCAUUGUUUCAAAUUCGAUUAAGAUGCUAAAAAAUAACUUAUCAAAGGAGAGUACAUUAGAUUUUGUGACCAAGUUAGAUUUUGGCCAAGAAAAUAAAAAAAACUGGCAUAGAUUAGAUUCAUAUGAGGACUAG